AUGCAUCAAUGCGCCGCUUGUCAUUCAACGGUUGACGAUUACGAUUUCUUAGAAUGCUGCACCUGUUUACGUUUUUAUCAUGGCCAGUGCGUUGGUGUUUCGCCCACUGAAUUCGAGAGACUCUCUUCUGAUACCAAGAUGAGUUGGAUAUGCCCUGAGUUUCGCAGCAAAAAACCGCACGGUGAUAAUUCAAACACGCCGGUCCGUCUGUCAACACCUACUAGUAGUUCCCACGCCGACUACAAUGUGACAUCACGCCGUGGAAAGCAGGAACGUCCAAACAAGCGGCCACAAUCGCUUCCGUAG